AUGUGGUGCGCGCCGGACGGCGGGGGGCCCGAUCGGUGGCGCCUGGCGCCCUGCGUGCUGCAGACCCUGGGCGCCUGCCUGCUGCUGCCCCUCUCCUCCUGGGGGCUCCACCACCAGGCACGGCGCCUGUGCGGCACCGCGUUCGAUCGCCCGCGCUCGCCGCGGCGAAGGCCAGGGCGGCCCGAUCCCGCCCUCCUACUCUGCGCGGGCCUGGCGACGAUGCACGCGGGAUGGCUGGUGGCCCUCUGCGUUCCCAGGCCGCACCUGGAGCCCUAUCAGUGGUUCUACCAGCUGGCGAUGAGCGCCACCUGGCUGGGGGCCUGUGGAUCGAUUGCUGGGGCGAGGAUAGCGGGGGUGCCGGCGAGGAUGGGCGGCCUGGGCGCGACGGCGGCGGCGGCAUAUUUGGCGAUCGUCGCGGGGUGGAUGGCGCGCGAGUGGGGGCAGUGGGGCCGCUUGGCGUGGGAGGACUGGAUGGCGCUGGGGUUGGCGGUAGCAGGGGCCACGGCGUCCGCGGGAGUGGUGGCUGCGGGUAGGAAAAGAUCCCUCGCUGAUGAUGAACGCUGGCUCUUGGAUGCGGCUGAUGAGGAGACGGCAGUCAAAAAGAAGCGAAACUGGUUUGAGCUGUUCAUCACAGCGGCCGUGUAUGUGUGGCCCAAAGACUGGCUCCUGAAGGCCAGGGCGUUCAUCUGCAUCGUCCUUCUCCUCAUUAUACGGGCGCUGAGGCUGGUGGUGCCGAUCACAUUGAAGCACUUGGUGGACAGACUUGUGGAGAUAACGGCCAAGAGGGAGCAGGAGCACGUCACUUACUGGGAGGCAUUCUACCCCUGGGGAAUGGCAUUCCUGAUUGGAUUAUCCGUGGCAGGCAUGCCAGGCAUUGGCAUGCAAGGCGGCGCAAUUUCUACAGCCCGGCAGACAUUAUUCUUCCCCAUCACCCAGUUCGCAUAUCGCCGCAUCAGUGUGGAUCUCUUCAAGCACAUCCUGGAAAUGGACCUCACCUACCACCUCCACAGAAAGACUGGGGAAGUGAUGCGGGUGAUGGAUAGGGGAACCACAGCCAUGCAGACCAUACUGUCGACGAUUAUCUUCAACAUAGGACCACAGCUGGUGGACAUGCUGAUCGGCACAGUCUACUUGGCCAGCGAAGUGGAGCCCUUCAUCGGGGUUGUGAUCAUCGUCACGCUGGCAUCCUACCUCCCGGUCACGAUCGUCUUGACGGAGUUCCGUCGAAAGCUGCGCAAGCUCAUGAACCUGAAGGACAACGAGAUGGGCUUCAAGGCGACGGACGCAUUUCUGAACUACGAGACAGUGAAGUAUUUCAACAACGACGACUACGAGGUCAGGAACUAUGCCCAGGCCGUGGAGGACUACCAGAAGGUCGAACUGAAAAUGUUCCUGGCGUUGCAGCUAAUGAAUGUGCUGCAGACCCUGAUCAUGGUGGCAG